GUUUAUAUGGGAAAUUGUUUAAAAAGAAACUAAACCUAGUUAUAAUAAAAUCAAUAAUGUCCAAAAUGUCAUAUGGUUUUUUAAGCAUAAUAAAGUGCUCUUCAGGUAAGCAUUUUAAAGUAAAAAAGUAUUAAUAACAUGUUACGAGUUGUAGAGUUGGAUAAAUAUAAAAUCAAGCUGUCUAAUCUCGUAAUGUGUAAGUUGGCGAUGUUAUAAUUGAACCAAACCAUCAUCCAAAUCCGAAUCCAAAUCCAAACCCAAGAACCACUGUAAUAAGUUUAUUUUUAUAAUAUUAAGCCUCAUUAUAUCUAGGAUGAUUUUCAAAAUAGAAAAUAAAAAUAUUAUUGGUGUAAAGAAUUAUUGGCUGGGUCUAAGAUUAAAUAUAAAUGGAACAAGAAAGUAAAUGUAACAUUAUUAUAUCUCAGUUAUCUCCUCCAAUGCCAGCAGCUAAUGUUCCUGAAAUGUUAGCCUUGCCAUGGGUUUAAAUAAAGAAUUCUGAAUUUCCAAUUAAAUAAACAUGGUUUAGAUUAUAAUUAGAAAAAAAGAGGAUACCUUGGUAAUAAGGAGCAGAAACUCUAUCUGUUAACAAAGAGAGUUUCUUAAUGACUACUCUAAAUAUGUAUAAAGAAAUUAAUUGGCACAAAGAAGUUAAAGUUCAUAUUGAUGGUGAUAAAGUUUUGGAUGCUGGAGGACUUCUUAGAGAAUGGGCUAAUUUAAUUAUGAAGGAGAUUAUACACCCUGAAUCAGGUAUGUUUUAAUUAGCUGAUUGUGAGGAUGUAUCAUAUAAAAUUAAUUGUGAAGCAGAUACAGAUGAACAUAUUAUAGAUUGUUUUAAAUUAUUAGGUAUUGUUGUUGGUAAAUGCAUUUUUGAAAGGAUUCCUUUAAAUAUUUAUUUCGAUAGGUCAAUUAUUAAACACAUUAUAGGUUAACCUAUUUUCUUGGAGGAUAUUUAUUAUUAUGAUAGAUAAGUAUUUCUAUCUUUUAUUUAGUUAUAUAAAUCUUGGGAUUUCUUAGUUAAUAAUAAAUUUGAAGCUGAUGAUGUUUCAGAAUAUUUUGUUAUUUAUAGAUAGAGCAAAGGAGAUUAUUAUGAAUUAAAACCUGGUGGAUAAAAAAUUAUGCUAGAUAUGGAUAAUUGUCAAGAGUACGUUAAUUUAUGGUAAAAAUAUAUAUAAUCAAAUUUAGCAUUGAAUAUUAUACAUAUUUAUCGGUGAAGCCGUUUUUGACUGCUUUUUUAUCAACUUUAUAUAGUGUAUUUAAUUAGUAUAAAAUGAUUAGAUAAUUCCAAAACAACUUCUUAGCUUACUUGAACCUUUGGAAUUAGAAAUGAUUCUUUAUGGGACUCCUUUUAUUGAUAUUAAUGAUUGGAGAGAUAACACUGAUUAUAAAGGAGCUUAUUACAGAACUCAUUAAACAAUAUAAUGGUUUUGGGAAAUUUUAGAAUAGCUAGAUCAAUUUAAUCUUGCUAAAUUUUUAUAAUUUUGUACUGGAUCUACUAGAACACCCGUAGAAGGAUUCAGAAAGUUAGAAAGUAAUAGAGGAAAUUGCUCUAAAUUUUGUAUUGAAAGUGUUCCAUUUACUAAGGCCAGUCCUUUCCCAAAAGCACAUACAUGUUUUAAUAGAUUGGAACUACCAAUGUAUGAAACGAGAGAAGAAAUCGAAUCAUAUUUAAAAGCAGUAAUACAGGCUGAUAUGGAUGGAUAAUUUGGAAUGGAAUGAUGAU